ACCCCCAGAUUGUUUUCAUUCGCCGCCGCCGUCCCAGCGCGCAAACUUCCCUUUAAGGGAGCGAGGCUGGCCGCUCGGAGCCAAUGGCAGCGCCGCGUGGCGCGCGGGGAGAAGCUCCGCCAUGCGAACCAGUGUCUCUUUAAAGGGCUGCCCCGGUCCGGCUCUCGGGCUGUGCGCGCCGUGGACCUGUUAGCGUAUCACGUGCCACAUCCUUAAUGAAGUGGACGCGCAAGGGGCGCGGGUGUGCGCAUGCGCCGAGUGUAAAAAUGUACUUGGAAAUGAGGUGUCCGUCUUGGAGAAGUCGACUUUUAAAAAGCAUCGGCAGCCCCUGAUAUGACGACUUCGCUGCUUGUGCAUCCACGCUGGGCGGACACCUUGAUGUACGUUUAUGAAAAAAGCCCGAAUGAAAGCGCUCCGAAUAAAAGCCAAACAAUGGAGGGACUGAGCGGCAAUUGCCCCGCGACUCACUGCAGAGACCUGAUGUCGCACCCCGCCCUGGGAAGACACUCCGGCACCAUAGCGACCCACCAAGGCUCCGUCUACUCGGAUAUUUCCUCGCCGGACACCGCUCGCCAGUGUCCCGCCCCGCAGUCGUCCUCCGGCGCCUCGCUGAGCUACGGCUACCCGUUCGGGGGCCCCUACUACGGCUGCAGGCUCUCCCACUCCCACAACGUCAACUUGCAGCAGAAGCCGUGCUCGUACCACCCCGCGGACAAAUACGCCGAGCCCGGCACCGCUCUCCCCGGCGAGGAACUGUCUAGCCGGGCUAAAGAGUUCGCUUUCUACCCCAGCUUCGCCAGCUCGUACCAGGCCGUGCCGGGAUAUCUGGACGUGUCGGUGGUGCCCGGCAUCAGUGGCCACCCCGAGCCGAGGCACGACGCCCUCAUCCCCAUGGAGGGGUACCAGCACUGGGCUCUCUCCAAUGGCUGGGACGGGCAGGUGUACUGCUCCAAGGAGCAAACGCAGUCCGGUCAUCUGUGGAAGUCGCCGUUUCCAGAUGUGGUGCCCCUGCAGCCUGAGGUGAGCAGUUACCGCCGCGGCCGCAAAAAGCGCGUCCCUUACACCAAGGUGCAGCUGAAGGAGCUGGAGAAGGAAUACGCAGCCAGCAAGUUCAUCACCAAAGACAAGAGAAGGCGCAUCUCGGCCGCCACCAACCUCUCGGAGCGCCAGGUCACCAUUUGGUUCCAGAACCGGCGGGUGAAGGAGAAGAAGUUUGUCAGUAAAUCCAAGAACAGUCACCUGCACGCCACUUGAUGAGGAGGUCCGACAUUAUGCCGCCAUCAUACCUCUCUCAUCGGAAAGAAAACGUCAAAAUCAUUUUUUUUUUUUUUUUAAAUUCACAUCACAUACCCCCCCCCCCUCCCUCUUCUCCUCCCAAACUCCGCCGCUGGUUUCAAUUUGGAGUCUCUAAAAACUGUGAAAAAUACUGAAAAUUGACUCCAUAUUUGUUUUAUAUGACUGUACAUAUAUAAAUAUAUAAUAUUUAAAACGAUAUCUGUAUUUCAAAGUCAAGUAUUGUGUGUUUUCUUUUUUUUUUAUUUCCCUUUUUCUGUCUUCUCUUUCUCAUUCAAACCAAAUCACGGAAGGAAAGUGGACAUUUCAAAAAGAUCAAGACUGAUUUUUGCUGAUUUUUUUUUUUAUGCUGGGACUUACAAUGACAGGUUGAAGACAAAAUACUUCAACAUACUCGCCGCUGAAGAAGAAAAAAAGAUAAAAAAAAAUGACUUUUGGUCGAAUUUGGAAUUUCAGAGGCGGAAUUUGUUGUUUAUCUGUGUAGUGCAAUGUCUUCUUAUUUAAUUCAUAUUAUGUAGUAUGGCCGAGCUGUAACUAGAGUAUACUUGUAUGUUUUUUUUUGUUCCUUUUUGUCCGAGAAGGAUUCUGUCAUGCAACUGCAAUGAUU